CGCGGAAAAGUUGUAAAGCCAUCAUCGCUUUUCUUCGGUCCGGAUUGCAGGGUUUUUGCGUGUGCGAAAGACGUUCUUUUAUAUUUUCAAGUGAAAAACGGAAAAAAAGGGCAGCGUCUAGCAAAUAGUUUGGUGUUGUAAAGUGUUAACCGUAUUUGUAAUUAUCGUAAAUGUAAGAUCUCGUCCAGUACCCUCCUAAAACAUUUUCCGGAGGACAAAUAAAGAAACGAGAAAAUUUGCUUCGGUACUGGUGACGAUUGGAAAGUGAUGGCCGAUCAGACCGAACUGCGUAUGAACUUAGCUGCCAUUCAACGCUCAGAUCCGUAUGCAAAAGACAUAAUAAAUUCAUCGGCACACGUUGCAUUUUACACCUUCAACACCGGCGAAAACGAGUGGGAGAAGACGGACAUCGAGGGGGCAUUGUUUAUCUAUAGACGGAACGCGGAGCCCUAUCACAGUAUUUUUAUCAACAAUCGACUCAACACAAACUCUCUGGUGGAACCGAUCAACGGUCAGAUCGAACUUCAGUCCCAGCCACCGUUCUUGUUGUACCGCAACGAACGGGCACGCAUAAGGGGAUUCUGGUUUUACAACAAUUCCGAGUGUGAUCGGAUCCGGGAAAUCAUCGCCAAGCUCGUCGAGGGUUGUAACAAUCCCGGCGGCAAAAAGAAACCCGAGAUGGGAAAAACGCAAGCGAACGGUAAUGGAGCAGGUAACAACGUGGAUAUUUUCUCAAUGUUAACCAAAGCUCAAGAAGAUUUCAACAACAGCACCGGGAAGCCGCCUUCAGUUCCACAACAGGAGCAAGCUCCGAGCAGAAAUCCUUCUGCCGCCAUCAACAUUGUUCCUGACACACCACAAAGUGUGGUCAACUUUUUUGCAGCAGCAAAACAGCCGGCCGCCUCGGAAGUACCACUGUUUCAAACGUUGAUGUCAAAUCCGGUGCACACGCUCGAACAGAUAGAGAAACAACAUCGUGCCACGACACCUCAGAAGGAGGCCAAUAUUACCGGUAAACUCACACCGGAAGUGAGUGAGCUUGAGAAUAGCUUGAAGCUGAUGGGUAUUCCUAUAAAUGCAGGUCCAGCACCAGGUCAAGAGCUGGGAAGCUCCCCAUUGGCCACCUUUCUCAGCUCCACGAACUUGGCGGCAGUUCGUAAUAACAAUCAACCGAUUCCGAAAACCAAACCCAUCGAAAUAAGUGAGAUCGAGUCCCGUCAUCAACAACAGCAGCACCAGCAACAACACCAACAACCUUUGCAUGAACUUUUGAAGAAAUCGGAUCCCAUGAGCAACCCGCUGAAUUGUUCCGGUUCGAUUUUGAACACAACCCCCAAUGCUAGCAGCGGCGUCAAACCGGCUUUAAUGCUACCGACAAUGUUUGCCCCUAGUUCUACAAACGCAGUAAAAGGGCUAACCGAUUUGUUCGCAAAUGCGGCGAACAAAAAGCACCACGAGCACCCUAACGGUGGUAGCAACACUUCGGUAACGGAUUUGCUCUCGAAGGCCAACAAUAACCAUCACCCGCCACCGGGAUUCUUUCCGAUGGUCGGUGCGGUUGAACCGUUAACACAGGUGCAGCUCAUCCAGGCCAUUAGUUAUCUCAUCAAGCACGAUCCGGACUUUGUUCGGAAGUUGCACGAAGCCUAUCUCAAGUCGAUGCAGGAGAUGAUGGCAUUAUAACA